GAUUCCAAAGUGCUUUCAAAUAAGAAAGGCUACACGGAGUUGUCUACACAGAAGGCAGGAGUCCUGUUUACAACAAAAACGUUGAAGGAUCACAGUCUCGAAUAUGCUCAAACACGGGACCAAUAUAACCGUACCCAAAGCACUCUUGUUGCUGAAGUUGUCUCCAUUGCCGGGACCUAUACAAGUGUAUUAGAAGCGGUGGACGAUGUGAUCGCGCAUUUAGACCCAACUGUCACAGAAAAAGGAACAGGAAAUCUCCUCCUUAAAGAGGCUCGGCACCCUUGUCUAGAGGUCCAGGAAGAGAUCAAUUUUAUACCAAACGAUGUAGAAAUGAUUCGAGAAAAAAGCGAGUUUCAGAUAAUCACGGGGCCAAAUAUGGGUGGUAAAAGCACGUAUAUUAGACAAAUUGGUGUAAUCGCCUUGAUGGCACAAGUUGGGUGCUUUGUUCCAUGUUCAAGCGCUGAAAUACCUGUUUUUGAUUGUAUUCUGGCUCGUGUCGGGGCUGGAGACAGUCAAUUGAAAGGAGUAUCGACUUUCAUGGCGGAAAUGCUGGAAACAGCAACCAUUCUCAGGACUGCCACCUCCAACUCCUUGAUAAUCAUCGACGAACUUGGUCGAGGUACCUCCACUGCAGAUGGAUUCGGAAUUGCCUGGGCAAUUUCAGAGUACGGCAGACAAAUAAAGACAGGGAUAUCACACUCCUCUAUAAAGUGGAAGAAGGUCAGUCUCAUCAUAAACCUGGGCAUGCAAUUGCUCAUUCGAUAUAGGGUGCAGCACGCCAAGAGAAAGGCCGAAGAAUUGGAAGAUUUUGGCA